AUAUGAUCUUGGGUUUGCUGUGGUGGACUUACUAACAAUCAUGGCAGUGACGUAGUGCGCAGUGCUUCAAAGCUAUGGCAGAAGAACCGCCAUCAGUGUUGGCGGCAUUCCUCGGCGAGGCACCUUCUGCUGCCGCCCUGCGGCGGCCUAGCUCUAGUGCGCCAAGCCAGAGGCACUAUGCUCGUGGAUCCGGUGAGGAUUCCUCUCCCGACACGCCUGGCCUACCACAACAAGACGGUGGCUUUGAUGAAUGUGCCGAGUACAAUGGGGCCACCUCAGCUGAGACGGAUUUGUUGGGUUGUGGGCCGUUGGCUCAUGCAAAGCGGGCAGCUAAAACUGCGCGAGCAGCAAAACCUCCGAAGAAUGCUGCAGAGUUCAAGGGAUCUGGCUUUGCUGGAUACGCUCAGGUUCCUAGCAAGCCAUGCGGCGGCAAACCUCCGGAAAUCGAGGAUUUCAGCAAGACUUCAACUCCAAUGCCGGAGGGUGUGGCCAAGAUGUUUGGAGAGGAUGGCAAGGAUAGCCCCACAGAUCGCGGAGCUGAACGAAGCCAAGUGUCUGUCAACAAAGCCCGACCACGCUCUGGCUCCCGUGGCGGUGCCCUCUGCCAGAGUGCCAGCAUGCGUGACUUGGAACGAACUCCGCCAACUUCAGCGCCAACUGCUACAGUGGAUUACGAUCCAAUGGGUUCUUCCUUUGGCAAACGGCGCUUUGGUGGCAGAGGAUGAACCCGGUGCCUGCCAACUAGUUUGUUUCACCGAAUUUGAUGGUCCCAGGUUGCCCUGGUUGCCUCUGACUCGUCCAAUGCAUGCAUAGCUGAUACUUUGUUGUCAC